UGACAUAUUUGUAAAUGUUGCUGGUAUCUGAUGCUUUGUUACUUCCAACUGCAGCUGUUUCUAUUGAAGCGAGGAGGGGAAGAGAUAUACGUAGGCCCGUUGGGGCGACAUUCUUGUCAUCUGAUCGAUUACUUUGAGCAAAUCGAAGGAGUGAGCAAGAUACAAGACGGCUAUAAUCCUGCAACAUGGAUGCUGGAAGUAACAACACAAUCACAAGAAGAAAUAUUGGGGGUUCGUUUCAGCGAGGUGUACAAGAAUUCGGAAUUGCAUCAGAGAAACAAAGCUUUGAUCAAGGAACUGAGCAUACCUCCUCCUGGCUCUAGCGAUCUUCACUUCCCAACUCAGUACUCUCGACCAUUCCUCACACAAUGCUUGGCAUGCCUGUGGAAACAACGACUGUCGUAUUGGAGGAAUCCUCCAUAUACUGUCGUAUUGGAGGAAUCCUCCAUAUACACUGGAGGAGAAUACCUCUUGGACAAGGUGUGUUGCAGGUUGCUGAGAACCACAAACACAAAAGAUGAGUACUUUAAAGCACCAGAGGAGCCCAUCAAUUUCUUGGACCAUACAAAUUAGGCCAUAUGACUUGGGAGCAGUAAACUUUCCAAAAUUUAGCUCUUGGAUCAAUUGUUUUGAAACUAUUGUAGUUUUUUUUUUUUUUUUACCUUGUGUAACUUCUGAAUUUCUGUAAUCAGAAUGCCCCUCUCAAUGCUCAAGGAGAUGCUCGAAUACCCAAUACCACAAGCCAUGCAUGUUCUUCUGCCAGAAAUGCUGCAUGAAGUGCCUCUGCGUGCCCCCAG